AUGGAGUUACACCUUUUACAAUCCUGUAGAAUUUCUUUAAAGAUGCAUCCUAAAUUGCCAGGAUGCAACUUGGAUUCCAUAACCGUUUGUUGUUUGUGUAUUUUUAGGGAACCAGGAUUCAUGCUCAUAUAAAAAAGAAUGUAAUGUACAAAUUUGAACCUCUCUUCAAAGAGGGUGGUAUUUAUGCAAUCAAGGAUUUUAUGGUCCAAGAUAACAAAAUGUCAUUCCGUACAACAGAAAAUGUUUUCAAGUGGGAAUUCAUAAAAAAAACAAAUGCCUUUGAGUGGCCUUUCAAUGAUUUUCCAGCAACACCAUAUGAACUGAUAUCAUUUCCAGCUUUACAAGAGCAGCAGGAUAUAGACGAGAGUCAAGCAUUUGAUGUCAUAGGGAAAGUGGAAUAUCCUAAACCAGAGAAGGUAGUUAAACGAAAGAAUGGUUAUUCAAGGUUAAAGGAGUUGGUUGUAACUGAUGCUGAGGGGCAUACCAUUGUGUUUUCACUUUGGGGUGACAAAAUGAUAGAUGAAUACAACUCUUUCCCUCAUCAAAAAUAUGAUUCUACUAUAAUUUUGCUACAGCUUUGUCGUGCUCACAAAUAUCAAGGAAUGGUGUACGCAUCUAAUGUACAUGAUGCCACUAAGAUGAUUAUAAAUGGUGAUGAUGAGGAAUUCAGAGAUUUGAGAUCAAG